AUGUCUGCUAAAGACAAUCAUCCAAAGAAAUACAGUGAAUUUAGAAGUAUUUAUAAAUACUACAUUGAUUCAUAUAAUGCGUUGUAUCAAUUAAAAACUGAAAAAGAAGAAGAAUUAAACUCGAUUUACAAAAUGAUCAAAACAAACCUCAUUGAUUCAAAGGAAUAUCCACCAGAAAAGAUUAUGAAUGGAAUUUUACACACCAUUCCAUUUAAUAACCGCUACGCGAAGUCAUACUUGAAACUUGCCAAACUCAUUUCGGAUGAUUAUCAUGUAACAGAGAUCCAUGAUAUCGAUAAGAUGCUUAGAUACUUGUUUUAUAAAGAGUAUGGAAUUAAUUUAGACAAAUCCGAUGAUUUUAAUAAUGAGAAGUAUGAAAUACUAGAUAUUUUUGAAGAAAAUACAAUUUGCAAUGCAAUUAUGAAAAAUGACCUUAAAAAAUUCAUCUCGUUCACGGAAUCGGAGCAUUUUAAUAAAGAUCAGCAGAUUAACAGCCAAUUAUAUGCAUAUUCUUACGUAGCUUCUUCAUUACUUGAAAUUUGCUGUUACUACGGAGCAGUUGAUUGUUUCAAGUUAAUGAGAUCAAAAUUUUGUUCGGAAAUUACAAAAGGUUGUCUUAUUCUUUCUUUUUUGGGAGGAAAUCCAGACAUCAUGAGUGAAUGUUUGAAGCAUCAACAACCCGAUAAAGACUGCAUGGAAUAUGCAAUUAUUUCACAUAACAUUGACUUUGUUUCAUUCUUGAUGAAUGAAUACAACAUUGAGAUCAAUUUAAAUUAUUGCGGAACUUUUAAUAACCUUGAUACAUUUUUAGUUUAUUUGGAUCAAACUAAUAAUGUUAACGAAUGCUUUGUUGAAUCUCCAGCAUUUGACACUCCAUCUCUUUGCGAAUAUUUCCUUUACAUUGGUGUAGAUAUCAAUGCACAAAAUAGAGAAUUAGCAACUGCUCUUCAUUAUGCAGCAUUGGAUAAUAAAAAAGAAAUUGCCGAACUUCUGCUUUCCCAUGGUGCAAAUAUCAAUUCAAAAGAUUUGAAUGGAGAAACACCUCUUCAUUAUGCGACAAGUUCAGAUUACAAUGAAACAUAUGAAUUAUUUCUCUCACAUGGUGCAAAUAUCGAUGAAAAAGAUACACAAGGACAAACCUCUCUUUACAAAGCAGCAUUUUAUGGUAAAAAAGAAGUAGUUGAACUACUUCUCUCACAUGGUGCAAAUAUCAAUGAAAAAAAUAAAUUUGGACAAACUGUCCUUCAUGGAGGAGUAUUUAGUGAUAACAAAGAAACAAUUGAAUUCAUUCUCUCACAAGAUGUAAAUGUCAAUGAAAAAGAUAACUGUGGACAAACAGCUCUUCAUCUUGCAGCAUUAAAUAAUAAAAUAGAAAUGGCUGAAAUUCUUAUCUCACGUGGUGCAAAUAUCAACGAAAAAGAUGAAGUUGGACAUACAGCUCUUGAUGAUGCACUCUUGACAAACAGUACAGAAAUUGCUGAAUUUCUUAAAAAUCGGGUUUAA